AUGAUGACCACUCCCAACAGUUGUAAGCCAUUUGCAAAUCAGCCGGGAGUACAUGAGAUCAAAGUGCCCGGGCUGGAAGCCUUUGAGGUACUUUGCACUGACAGCAGCAUAGCGGGUCCUGGUUGGAUCAUCAUCCAACAAAGAAUAAACGGACAGCAGGAUUUCCACCAGGAUUGGCAAGCUUAUCGCGAUGGCUUUGGACUGAACAAAACCAGCGGAGAUUUUUUCUUAGGACUUCAGAGAAUACAUCGUCUAACUUACUCGCAGAGAUAUGAACUAUUUAUUUAUAUGCAAACAUUCAGGGGCGGGACUUUCCACAUUCGGUAUGACAACUUUACGGUGGGAAGCGAGAAUGAUAAGUUUGAAUUGCAGUCCUUGGGUGCAGUAGACAUGGUGAACGUUGAAGAUCAGCUGCGUUAUCACGAGCAUCACAAGUUUACAACUCAUGAUCAGGAUAAUGAUAACUGGUGGCGUAACUGUGCAACGGAAAUCCGUUCGGGAGGCUGGUGGUACCAUAAGUCGUGUACCCAUUGUAACUUAAAUGGCGUGUACUUUAAAACUGAAACAGACGCUUAUCAAUCGAUACACUGGUUUGACUACAAAUCGCUUAAGAUGGUUCAAAUGCUUAUUCGUCCCAUUAAUUGA